GCGCGGCGCCGGUGUCGGAACGGCAAGAUGGGCUCUCCGACAGGGAGUUGGCCGAAAGGCUGCAGCGGGAGGAGAUGCCGCAGGUCCUGGAGUUCCAGCGCUUCCGGCACGAGGAUCGAGUGGUGGACGCUUCCGUCGUGGAGGAGAUCAACAGGCACUGCGCAGCGACUGGGGAGCGCUACGUGGACCCGCAGUUCCCGCCGCUGCCGCGUUCCCUGUACCUAUCGGAAGCCGAGGCCGAGAGCUGGGAGUGCAUCUCGUGCCGUUCGCGCAGCCCGCUGCCGCCGGUGCCAGCGCUGCCCGCGUCGAGAGAGGAGGCGCAGCGCCAGAAGCAGGAGUUUCAGACGCAGCAGCUGCCCGGGCGGCCGCUCCAGACGAUGGCGGCGCCGGCGGCGCCAGGCACCAGCUUCCUGGGCCAGAUGGGCGUGACGAUCGAGAUCGCGGGCGUAUCCGAGUGGAAAAGCGCUCUAAAUGAGACCACUCGCCGCCUCCUUGCCCACGAAGCAAUCCGCACGUCCGACCCUACCCGCAUCGAGAGGAUCAUGACGGCUUAUGUCAACAUGGCGUAUUUCAACGAGCGCAUCCCCGCAACAUCCAUGCAGGCGGUGGUGAAGGCAGCACUCGACGACCGCGGCCAGGGGGCGAGGGGCCGGAACCGCGACCGGCGGGGGCCGCGCGGCCGUUCCGCGGCGCCGCGGCGUGAGCCAGGCAGCAAACGCGCCGCCAGCCCUGCCGCAGCGGCGAGCACGGGCCCCCCCGCUGGAGAGCCAGCGGCCGACCUGGGCGCCGCGGGCCAGCGAGCAGCGGCAAGCGGCGCCGUCCCGCCCGAGAGGCAGGGCCGCGCGCCAGGAGACCCCGUCCUCAUCUGGAGCCGCCGCCGCGCGGAGUGGCUGCAGGGGAAAGUGCUCAGCGUCUUCGCUUCGGACCAGUGGCACGACGGGUUCCAAGUGAGGGCCGGAACCUUGCGCGUGAAGUCCCCCGCGGGCACGAAGUACGUCCUCCCAGAGCUCAUCGCAGCGGUGAUCGAGGGCGGGCCAGCGGGCACCUCCCGCAUCGGCGCCGGCGGCUUCCCCGCGCCGCCCAGCCUCGAGUGCAAAAUUGCGAGGCCCAGCCGCUUGGUGGAGGAGGCUGCGCCCACCAGGAUCUCCGACGAGGACGAGGCCGAGGUCCCGACCCAGGAGGGCGAUGCAGACCCCCUCGCGCUUGGGUUCUUCUACGCGAGCCAGGGGGCCCAGGGCGCGCCCCUCCCUGGGCCGGUCGGCGGAGCGUCGCCCAGGCAGCAGACCCACCGCCGGGAGCGCGCCCCACUCCCCCAGCCCCUGCCUCGGCUGCGCGCGGACGGCCCCGGGGCAGCGGCAGGCCCGGGCCCCGGCGCGGCCGCAGCCGCCGCAGCCGCGCUCCAGAUGGUCGCCGUUGAGCCCCCCGCCCUGAACGCGGCCGCGGCGGCUGCGGACCCGCCAGGCAAACAGCUGGCGUUUGCGGCGCGGUCAGCGCAGGACACAGUCGAGGAGCAGCUGUGGCAGUGGUUCGAAGCCUUGGUUGCAAACGGAAGCGCCAACCUCGCGCCGAAGUGCACGGCGACGGCCCCGUGCGUGAAAGUGCGGAACCUCGGCCUGGCGCUCAAUUGGAUGAGAACCACGGAUGGGAGGGUCCGUGUCUGGGGGAAACGCCCACGCCCCAUCAUCUUGGAAAUGCUCCGCAAGUCCCACUUGGAAUGCGAGCCCGGCAACGCCGCCCACGGCCGGAUCACGCGCCGCCAGCUCGACCCAGCGCGAGCGGCCCAGCGCCUCCAGCGCAGGGUGGCGCAGCGGGAACCGGACUGCGACGCGAAGCCAGCGGGCACCACCAAGACUGGGGCCCCCAUGCUGGCGACUUAG